GCUUAGCCCACACGGAAUUAAUGCCGGGUCGCAAAAAGCCAGCAUCAACAAAACAGCGCAAGGCGAAGCUCCAGCACCAGCGCGCAAUCAAACGAGGCGACGCAGAGCCUGACCCUCCCAAAGAUCACAAACCUCGCAAACCCAAGCCCUCCGCGCGCACCCACAAUCCCCUCACGUCAGCGUCAGCAGGAUUGACGCCAGAGCACUUGAAGGCUCAGCAGAUCAUCGCAUCCGCACGCCGUCUCCAGUCCUCCUUCGUCAAACUCUCUCCCGCCCUCCUCGAACGGAGCAAAGUCCUCGCUGAUCGGGUGAUACUCACGCGUCCGAUCCCCCCUGAUGCCGCGAUCUGGAAACUGACGAGCGGGCGGAUGGAGGACUCGAAAGAAGAAGCGAUCAGGAAGGAGAUGAGCUGCAUGCGGCGUCCGAAGUGGAAGUACGAGCAGACGAAGAAGGAGGUGGAGAAGAACGAGGAGGGCGUGUAUGCGAAGUGGUUAGACAGGAUGGACGGGCUGGUGCAGUCUUGGGUCGAUGCUGCCGAUGAGGCCAGACGUGAUGGCCUCGAGGUUGAGGACGGGGAGAGGGACCCAGAGUUACCGCCGAGGGAGGACGAGGGUAUGCCGCCGUCUCCGACGAUAUUUGAGAGGAAUUUGGAGGUGUGGCGACAGCUUUGGCGAGUCACCGAACUCUCGCAGAUCCUCCUCAUCCUCCUCGAUUCGCGAUGUCCACUCCUCCACUUCCCUCCCUCCCUCCAAUCCUACCUCUCCUCCCCAUCCCACAAACUCAUCCUCGUCCUCACCAAAGUCGACAUCUCCGGCCCCGAACGCUCAGCCGCAUGGUCCACCUACCUCACCUCCAAAUUCCCCGACGUCCAAGUCGUCAUGGUCGAGUCCUACAUCCCCAAAGCCACCGUAGCCGAUUUCGAUCCUAACGGUGAAGUAGUGAAUUUGACAUUGACGAAGGGGAGAAGGAGGAGGUACGAGCCGCAUAUACCGCAUACGUUCAAAGAGCGGCUCGUGGAUGCGCUCAAGAACGCACAUGAGCAGUUAUUGGAGCCGCCGGAGAGGGUGAGGCAGGAUCCGGAGAAGUUGAAGAGGUGGAGGCCGAGGGUUAAGAGGGAAGUUGAUUGGGAUGCGUUGUUGACUGCUGGGGCUUCGUCGCAUGUGCAUGUUUCUCGUACGACUAAAGAUGCACCGCAGGGUUCGGAAGAGGACGAGGAGCCGGAGUAUCUUACCGUUGGACUGCUAGGCCAGCCCAAUGUUGGGAAAUCAUCACUGUUGAAUGCUCUAUUUGGUACCAUAAAAGUCAGAGCGUCAAAAACUCCAGGCAAAACAAAACACUUCCAAACCCUUUUCUGGACACCCGACAUCCGCCUCGUCGAUUGUCCAGGCCUCGUCAUGCCCGACCUCAUCCCCCUCGAAAUGCAGGUCCUAGCCGGCAUCCUCCCCAUCGCCCGCAUGCCCGCCAUACCCCUCUGCAUCUCCUACGCCUCCCUCCUCCUCCCGCUCGAGAAAAUAUUCAAUCUCGCCUCAUACCAUCCGUUCGUGAAGGCUCCGCCUGUGCAGGAUAAAAGGACGUGGCGGCAGGGGAUGCGGAAAGGCUCUAAAGAGAUGAAAGAGAAGAAAGACCCGAAAUGGACAGCAAUGGAUAUCAUGACUGCAUAUGCGGAUCGUAAAGGCUGGGUGACGGCCAAAGCGGGACGACCGGACGUGAAUCGCGCGGGGAACGCUAUGCUCCGAGCCCUCGCAGAAGGUAAGAUCCCCUGGGCGUUCUGGCCCCCCGGCACCGAUCCUGCCACAUUGUCCCAAUCCCCGUCAACGAGCGCCGCACAUGUGGGCGUAGGCGAAGGAAACGGGAUAUGGAUCCCGGAUCCGACGGGGGAGGAGCACGAGAUUGAUGACGAUGAGAGCGAUGGGGAGCCUGAGGGGGUUGAUUCUGAUUCUGACGAGGAAGAGGAGGAGGGGCCGGGUUCUGUCAAUGGGGAGAGCGAAGGGGACGAGGAGGAGGACGAGGAUGAGGAGGAGGAAGAGCCGGUCGUUGUUGUUGCGAAGAAAGGUGGAGGGAUGUUUGGGGCGCUGGCUUUGGACGAUGAUGCCGAGGAGGAGGACGAAGAGGAGGAAAAAGUGUCAGAGCAAGUGUAAGUGAACGCAGGCGGACAAGUAGAACCAAAGCAUUGCAUGUACUGUACGAUAUCUCAACCUUCAAGCUCCAAGACCAGCUCCCAUCACAAUCAC